AACUGAGACAAUUGAAAAAGCCCUGAACUCUUGAAGGGUUAACUGCAAAUGCAAUAUUGCUAAGGCAAGCUAACACCUUCUAACAAAACCAAAAACACAAAACCUCUCAUUUACCUUGUCCUUCUCUGCCUCCAAAAUAUUCAAACAAGAAAAGAAAGGAAUUCCAGAACAUAUAGAAAUAGCUCUAUAUCUAUUCUAUCAUUUUGGAAUUCUAGAAUCUCAUAUUCUCACAAUGGCAACAUUCAUCAGAACAGUGGUUAUCAGCUAUAUUCUUCUCUCAUUUUCUCUCUUUGCAGAUUUUGGAUUCUUUAAAGGUGCAGACUCUUUUGGAAUCAACUAUGGCCAAGUGGCUAACAAUUUGCCACCACCAGACAAAGUCCUUGAACUUUUGAGCACCCUCAACCUCACCAAAACAAGAAUCUACGACACAAAUCCUCAGAUUCUGAGCACUUUCGCCAAUUCGAAUAUUGAAAUCAUUGUGACCGUUGAAAAUGAGAUACUAAGCCAGCUAGAUGAUCCACAACAAGCACUUCUAUGGGUAAACAGCAGAGUCAUACCUCACCUACCCUCAACAAAGAUCACAGGUGUUCAAGUUGGGAAUGAGGUUUUCACUGAUGAUGACAUAACUCUCCUUCAGCAUCUUGUUCCAGCAGUGGUGAACAUUCACAAUGCUCUAGCUCAAUUAGGCUACUCCAACAUUCAAGUCUCAACACCUCAUUCCUUAGCAGUUCUUGACCAAUCUUACCCUCCUUCAGCUGGUAGCUUCAAGAGUGAAAUAUCAAGCAUCAUGUACCAGUUUUUGAACUUCUUAUCAAGUUCUAAGACCCCUUUUUGGAUCAAUGCUUAUCCUUACUUUGCUUACAAGGAUGAUCCAAAUAGCAUUCCUUUGGAGUAUGUGUUGUUUAAUCCUAACACAGGAAUGGUUGACCCUAACACCAAUCUUCACUAUGAUAACAUGCUCUAUGCUAUGGUAGAUGCUGUUUCAUUUGCCAUUGCCAAAAUGGGGUUUAGAGGGAUUGAGGUUCGGGUUUCGGAGACUGGUUGGCCUUCAAAAGGAGACACCGGUGAGGCAGGCGCCACGCCGCAGAAUGCUGCAACUUAUAACAGGAACUUGCUGAGAAGGCAAAUGGGGAAUGAAGGGACACCUUUGAAUCCUAGAAUGAGGUUGGAAGUGUAUCUUUUUGCAUUGUUUAAUGAAGAUUUGAAGCCUGGUCCAACCUCAGAGAGAAACUAUGGUCUUUUUAGACCUGAUGAAUCCAUGACUUACAAUGUGGGGUUUUCAACUCUUGCAACAACCACAACCCCAACAUCUUCAACUUCCUCUGCUUCAUUUUCUCUUGACUCCUCUGGUGCUGAGAUUAAGGUAGCAGCACUGGGAUACCAAAACAUGGAGUACUUGAUGUUUCUUUACAUGGUGAUUUCAAUCCUUUAUUUGUGAAGGGAAUUCCUAUCAUGUCAAAAUUGAGAUUUUACAUCCUUCAAGUGGCUAAAAGGAGAUCCACUUCCUAAACAAAAGCACUUCCAGAGUCUCAAAUUUGAAGAACAUUAAAGGUAUCCUAUUUUCUGCAAAAUAGGACCAACACCCUUUCCAAGCAUGCAACUGAGUAACCAAAUCGGCAAAAAGCACAGAAGGAAAGGGGUUCAAUAGGAAGAAAGGAAGAUUACACAACGUGGCUAUACUUUCAUCCUCUUAGCUCACCAUUAGUCACAUUCUAGCAUGAGCAUGUGGUAGUGACGUGAAUCUAAACUUAAUUUAGGUAGAUAAGGGACAAAAGCCACCUCAUUAUUCUUUUCAUGCAAGAUGUUGCAGGAGAAUAAAAGCUAUUGUUUCAGUUCCAUUGCUUUAAUUAUCAAAUACGAAAUAUAUCUUGUAAUUUGUAAA